AUGGCUAACGUCAUAAAUGCGGAGAGCAGUCCCUACAAUCUCGAUCUCUCUCAAUAUACAUUCCCGCUUCCCCUUGCGGGAUACGAGUGCCUGAGGCCUCUUUCUAAUGAGAAAAAUCCAGAUAAUACCUACAAGAAUCCUCAAACCGGGGCCUUGAGCGAAGCAUACCAGCGUUUUGUCUCCCCUGUGAUAAAUGAUAACGGUGGACCCGACCCUCCGGGUUUUGAUGUUCAUGUUUAUUUUAAUCCGGAAAAAAUGGCAGAGAAGGAAUUUGCCUAUCAACUGUGGGAAAGAAUUCGCCGGGAAUUCCCUGAGUUGAGAAUAUAUCGCAUUUGGGAGACGCCUUGUGGGCCACAUGCGGCUGGCAUGUUUGAAGUGAACCUCGUCAAUCCCCACCAGUUCGGCGCCUUCGUCAGUUGGAUUAUUAUCAACCGAGGCCCUCUGAGUGCACUUGUCCAUCCUAAUACUGACGACGAAAUUCGAGAUCACAUCCAGAGUUAUACUCUUAUUGGAUCACCGCCACCGCUCGACAUGGGUAUCUUCAAGCUGCGCGCAGAGGGCGGGUCUAUCUCCUAG